AUGCCGGCUCUCCGUCUGCUCACGGUCGUCAGUGCCUCGCUCCUCCUGCUGGCCAGAGCCGACGGGGGCGACGGUCAAUCUUCUUCAGCAACGACAAAAUACAAAGUUACGCUUGGAACUGAUGAUGCGUGCCUCUCCGAGAUCAACAAUGCUCGUAAAGAUGUGGGCUUCAACGAUUUCGUAGCAGCCAAACAAGGUGAACAAGGAAAAACGCUGCCUGAAGCCGACACAGAGUCACCAACCACAGAAAAUUGGGUUUGGAAGCCUGUUUGCGACGUCUUGAUCCCAGAAGACGCCAAAAGCCAGAAAUCCGAGGGAGCCGCUGAGAAAAAGUUUGCGAGCGGCACAUACGCGUUCCAGGUCGUCAGUGCCCCUAACCCCGACUGCACUGCCGUAGUGGACACGUGGAAGAAAGCCCACAGCAACUUCAGUGGAGUCCCACCAUCGAAGAAGGAUAGUAACACAUUAUAUGACAAUCAUGAGAACGUCUCUUUUGUUGCCAUAUACAACCCAUCAGAGGGCGCCACAGCCCACUGCCGAGUCGUCACCUGCACUAAAAAGAUCACCCCCGGUCCAGCGGCACCGCAGGGGGAACCGCAAGAAGAAGACACCACAGAAGAAGAAACAAAAGAAGGUUCUGCUUUGAUUUGCAUGACGACUCCUGACGUUCUUCCCGAGGACAGCAAAACUGCUCCGUUCACAGAGGAACAGUGGGGGAGGAUCGUCACCGUCCUCGAAGGAUCCGCGUCGACCGUCUUUCCCACUGUGCUCGGCAUUAUCACUGCAGUCUUCGCCGUUGUGGCGGCGAUGUGA